AUGCCUCCUCCAGGUUCAAGUGAAGGAGCUGGUGUGUUGUCUGAUGGUCCUCUGAAUGCAGCUGUAGGAGAAACGGUGAUGUUCACUACAACACUGAGUCCAACAGAAACACCGUUUCAGUCUGUGGUCUGGAAUUUUGGUUCUAAGAAUAUAAUAACCUCAAGUACUGCAAACGUAACUGGACCUGAGUAUGCAGACAGGAUCACCUUCUUCCCAUCUACUGUAUCUUUGGAGCUCAGGAGUCUUACUGUGAACGACAUUGGAGAAUACAUAGUUCACAUUUCACCAGCUGGUGAACCAGCAAAGACAGGAAGGUCCAGACUGGAGAUAUAUGAUGGCCCAGAAAAUACAAAUGUGUUUGCAUCACCAUCACAACAAUACUACACAACAGGCUCAGACAUCAACCUCACCUGCUCAGUUGAAUCCAGACCUCCUGCCCAGUUUCAGUGGUUUGUGAAUGGAGAUCAGCUGCCUGAUACUGGAUCAGAGCUCAGACUGAUGAAUGUUCAGAUGAGUCACAGUGGAAACUACAGCUGCAAAGAGAAGAAAUAUCUGAAACCCUCAUGA